AUGCCACCCAAGGCACAGCGUCCUCCUCCACAUCGACCUCUUCCACCAUGGCCUUAUGCCAACGUCCCCCCGAUGCCAUGGGUCGAUCGGGCACUCGCUUACGAACCAGCACCAAAGCCAGAUCAGUCCAAAAGCGACCCUGGUAUCGACGUCAGGUGGCCAAAAGACGUGGAGUUUGGGACGCUCGAGCGGCUGCAUCUCUUCACAACCGGUGGCCACUGUCAGAUAUUGCCCCAAUGUGGCGUCUGCAAGACUUGGCUCGGUCUCCACUGUCAUCGUCUCAAGCACGUCGCGAACUGUGAGGCGGCUGGUCAUCUCGGCGAGCCUUGUGGGAGGCUCUACACUAUCUUCCGCGGCUGCCCAAGACACCCAUACAGUGCCGGACACAACCCCGAGCAGUCAGCAUAUGCGGACGAGCUCAAUCCUCCCGACGUCGAAGGCCGAUGGGCUGCAUUGUUCAACUUCCCUAUCCCAGAGCCACCCAAAUUGAUCCCAUUCAAACCUUGGUCGGAGACUCUUCGUGAGAGGGCUGAGGCGGAGGCAGCUGAGGCCGCGAAGUUGAAAGAAGCCGACACGUCUUCUUCAAGUCAGCCCAGACAGUCGACAGGUUCGGUGCCGCAGCCUUUGGCGAAGUAG